CCCUCACCUCCCCCGAAACCGACCUCCAAAUUCUCCUCCACCUUGCGGUCACCCCUGUGAUGCCUCCCUCAUGCUGUGGCUACCUGUCACAGUACACCCAUCAUCACCUGGUCGCCUUCCUCCUUACCUUCUUUAGCUAUGUGUUCCUCCAUGCAUCCAGGAAAACCUUCAGCAAUGUGAAAGUGAGCAUUUCCGCCCAGUGGACGCCUUCUCUCCAAAAUGGCAGCGCUCCCGCUUUCUCGCCUGGCGAGACAUGGGAGAGGAACCAACUGUUUGCCAAUGAAGAGGAGGCGACGCUCUUCCUGGGAGCUCUGGACUCCAUCUUCCUUUUCUCCUACGCUGUGGGUUUGUAUCUGAGCGGCGUGAUUGGCGACAGGGUGAACCUGCGCUAUGUGCUCUGCUUUGGCCUGUGCGGCUCCGCUACUGUGAACUUUGCAUUCGGCACCUUGACCGAGUGGCUCCACAUCUACAACGUCUACCUCUACUGCAGCCUGUGGGUGCUGAACGGGUUGCUCCAGUCCACCGUCUGGCCUUGCAUCGUCGCCGUCAUGGGCAACUGGUUCGGCAAGACUGGGCGCGGCUUCGUGUUUGGUCUGUGGAGCGCAUGCGCGUCGGUGGGCAACAUCCUGGGAGCCUUCCUGGCGUCCAGCGUGCUCAAGUACGGCUACGAGUAUGCCUUCCUGGUGACGUCGGUGGUGCAGUUCGCCGGAGGCGUCGUGCUCUUCUUCGGCCUGCUCACCUCCCCAAAUGAAAUCGGUGAGGAAGACGCCGGCGAGUCCUCCUCCGCUUGCGUCAAUAACGGAAAAUAUUUGUGCGCGUCAGGGUUGAGCACGGAUUGCCAGACGGGACUCGGCCCAGUCGACACAGACGCCCACUGGCCUCUGAUGAGCGAGGAGGAGGAUGAGGCGGAGGAGGUGGAGUACGAUCGAAACUGCCACUCAGUGCAGCGCGCCGACCAAGGGUCCCCGAAAGCCGUGGGCUUCUUCCAAGCUUUCUGCCUGCCCGGAGUUCUGCCGUAUUCGCUGGCGUACGCGUGCCUGAAGCUGGUCAACUACUCCUUCUUCUUCUGGCUUCCUUUUUACUUGAGCAACAACUACGGCUGGAAGGAAGUCGAGGCCGACCGGCUGUCCAUGUGGUAUGACGUCGGAGGGAUCAUCGGUGGAACCGUUCAAGGUCUGAUAACGGACUUCAUGGGAAAGCGCUCCCCGGUCUUGGCCUUAAGUCUUUUGCUCGCCAUGGCUUCUCUGGUGGGAUACAGCCACUCGCCAGCCGACAAGACAACCAACGCCGCCCUGCUGGCCAUCACCGGCUUCUUAAUCGGCGGUCCGUCCAACAUGAUCAGCUCGGCUAUUUCUGCUGACCUGGGCAGGCAGGACGCCAUCAGGGGCAGUCGGGGGGCUCUCGCCACAGUCACCGGCAUCGUGGAUGGCACAGGAAGUAUCGGAGCUGCCGGGGGACAGUACCUGGUGUCGCUCAUCGAGAGCAAGUUGGGUUGGGUGUCUGUGUUCUACUUCUUCGUCGUCAUGACAGGGGGCAGCAUUGUUUUCAUCACUCCCCUGAUCAUGACGGAGGCAAGCGCCAUGUGGAGAGAGCGGCAAACCCGCCAUCACCAACUCUGAACUCUGGAGAAAAAAAAGUUUGCUUUCCUUCCUCCAAGCGUCAGAGGAUGGCGUUCUUUCCGAAAGACUGACAUGAACAUUCGCGCCUCUUCUUUUGCCUCGCCGCAACAUCUACAAUUGGGCUGACAACAGCGCAGUUUGUAAAUACUUUCAAAAAAUCUACUGUGGUGUUACUUUGAGACAGUUCACAGGGUGCCCAUGUGGAAAUGGAUGAUGCACUAUAGACAGUUUCAGUUUCUUAUAAUCUGGUUAAGUGUCCUUUGGCGUUGGGUCCUUAGUCCCCCCCCACACACACACCACACACACACAGUCAUUCCAAUUUCCGGGUAUGACUGCAGCACUACCGCUCUUUCGAUUUAAGUCUAGUUUACUUUCAGUCGGCCGGGAACUCUUUUGCAUUAGCUGCGCAAAGGUUUGCGGUCGCCACCUAUCAUGACAACUCGUAAUGAGCUGCCGUACCGCAGUAGAAGUGAAAAUAGGCAAGGAAUGUUUUAUCAUUAUUUAUAUUUUCCUUUUUUUCCAAAAGUGUGAAAGAGCAUUUUGUGUAGGACAAAUGGGGGUUGAAUGUGUGGCUUUACCAAGCACCAAUAAAUUAUUGGUGUGCCAACAUCCUUGUAAAUGCACUUGUUAAAGCAUUUCAUCCAAUUGAAAAGUAAAGUGGAUUUAUAAGCAA